UCGAAUUGUAUUCCACCAACGGAAUUGUUUUGGAUUCGAAUGUUUUCGAACGAAUAAUGAGAAAAAAUGAAUUCGUUAAGCGUUUUUCUUGUAGUUUUGUUUGUUUUUCACGAUUUGACCAUGUUCAUUUUUACUAAUAAGACUUCCUACCCUUAUAAAAUUGACAAUAAAGUCGUUUUCAAUUUCGACUUUUAUCACGGGGAACUUAAAACAGGAAGAAAAGUUUAUGGAAUUAAUUUCGUCGCCUAUGGGAGAGACUUUGAAUUUCGUCUGAUAGAACAAGAAUCCGUCUUGUAUUCGGCUACAAAAGUUGUUAUUCAUAAAGGUAACGCAUUACAGAAAAUGUAUCUACGAAACAUAGGCGCAUCCCCCGUCAUGAGAGGAAAAUUAAUACAUCAGAACAUUUGGAACGUCAUCGGUUAUGUUUACGAAAAGGAAUUAUUUCUAAUAUUUCAGGAAGGUCCCCAUUUAUAUAUGGUAGAACCACCUCGCUUGCACGUGAAAGAUCAUCAAAUUCAAACCGGAGUCAUUUAUAGAAUGAGAGAUGUGACAAUAAAACCGACUUAUGACGAUGGCAAAGCUGUCUGCGAAGUGAUGAGGGAUGAUGGUUUUCUUAGAUUUAACUAUCGCAGGAAAUCUGAUCGUUUGCAGUUUAGUAAACAAAUUCCAGUUACUGAAACAUUGAAAUCUCAUCAAACCAUGUGCUCUCUGGAAGUGUUAGUCGAUUACACUUAUUUCCAACAUAUGAGCUCGGAUCAUAAGCGUGUGGUUACUGAAGUUCUGUAUUAUAUUGGAAUUGCAGAUGAAAUAUUUCAAAAAAGCGACAUAAAUGAAGACAGAAUACCUGACGGAGUAGGAUUUAAUGUUGAAAAAAUAACGAUUUUCGAAAACAAAGAUGAUCUGGGAAAUCCUUUAUCAAUAGAAACAAAGGAUCACAACGUAUUUCUAGAUUCUUUAUCUCGAUAUCGCCAUCCUUACUGCAUGCUGAUAUGCUUUUGCCACAGAGAUUUUUGGAAACGAAACGAUUGCGUGACUGGAGACGCGAAGAAAAUUGGUGGAAUAUGUCACAAUGUGAACGCAGCUACGAAGAAAAUGAGUAACGUAGCUUUUGUGACCAGUCUAGAAAGAAACACGACGGUACCAAGAUUUAGAGUCACAUUAAAUCUAGUUCAUCAAUUGGGACACGCAUUCGGUUGCAAAGAUGAUGCAUUCAAAGACAAAGAAUGUAGUUCUAAUUACUGGAAUCCACAAAUGGGAAACUACAUCAUGUAUCCAAAAAUUCCCUACAGAAAGAAACCAAACAAUUGGAAAUUUUCACCAUGCUGCUUAAGAUCUAUGAAUAGACGCCUUAAAGACAAAAAUAUCUGUUUGAAAGAAGCCAAUCUUCCAUCCUGCGGCAACGGAAUUGUGGAAGAAUGA